GGCGCCGUUGCCGGGGAAAGACAAUUAUUUUUCUUUUAUCUCAAUUCAAGAAAAAUCAAAAAAAUAAAUAAAUAAAUAAAAUAUAAAGAGUUUUUACUUCUAUUUCUGAGCUUUGUUGAGUAUAUGGUAAAAACCCGUUCUAUAAACCUACUCACAUACCAAACAAAUCCGGGGAUAGAACAAGCCUUCGAGAGGUUGAGAAAUUUAUUUCCACACACACCCUCGGAGGAAUCAUCAAACGCUAGCAUUAGCUCUAGCAAAUCCGAAGAGUCCCUCCUCAUGGCUCUCGAGACAAGAACUUUGAAGGAGCUCACCGCUCCAAAUCUAAAUCAACAACCGUUGUGUAUUACCUUCCCUACACUCAAUGAGGGUAAUACAUUUGAGCUAAAAUCUGGGCUCAUUCAUCUAUUGCCAUCCUUCCAUGGCCUAUGAGGGGAAGAUCCGAACAAACACUUGUCGCAAUUUCAUAUUGUAUGCACAAGCAUGUGUUCCAAUGGCGUCACAGAGGAGCAAAUCAAACUGAGAGUCUUUCCAUUCUCUUUGAAGGAGACCGCAAAAGAUUGGCUUUUCUAUCUUCCUUCGGGAAGUAUCAACACAUGGGCGGCUAUGAAAAAAUGCUUCCUUGAAAGGUAUUAUCCCGCAUCCAUCUCAUCAUCUCUCAAGAAGCAAAUAAGCAACAUUGAACAAAAGGAUGAUGAGUCCUUGUAUGAAUAUUGCGAAAGAUUUAAGAAGCUAUGUGCUAGCUGCCCCUAUCACGGUUACACCGAACAAGACCUCAUCUUAUACUUUUAUGAUGGUCUUAUUAAUGAUGAUAGAAGAAUGGUGAACGCUGCUUGUGGAGGCGGCAUUGUUAACAAAACUCCCUCCCAAGCAACAAGCUUGAUCUCAGAGUUGGCCGAGAACUCACGACAAUUUGGCCGCAAAUCCUCAACUCGAACAGUUCUUUCUGCAGAAACAAGCACAAACGCUUUAGAAAGCCAAGUUGCCGACUUGACUUCUUUGAUCAAAGAACUUCUUCUAAAGCCAAAAACUCAGGAGGUCAAAGCAUGUGGCAUCUGCACAUCAACCGGACACCCCACUGAUUCGUGUCCAUCACUCCAAGAAGAGCAAGUCAACGCUCUGGGUUUCCAAGGCCAUCAACAGGAGAGGUAUGAUCCAUUCUCAAAUUCUUACAACCCUGGAUUGCGGGAUCAUCCUAACUUGAGGUAUGGAAACCCUCAACAAUCCAACUCAUCUUCUCAAUCUAGUAUGUCAACUGAUGACAUGAUCCGGACUUUGACCUCAAACAUGGUUACCAUGCAACAAAACAUGGGACAAUUUUAACAAAUCAUGAUACAAUUUCAACAUGAGACAAGGUCAAGCAUUAACAAUUUGGAAACUCAAGUUAGUCAAAUUGCAAAUGUCGUGAAUCGACUUGAAACGAAGGACUCGGGUAAACUCCCAUCUCAAACGGAGCAAAACCCGAGACAACAUGUGAAUGCCAUCAUGUUGAGUAGUGAGGCAACAUGGAAGGAGGUAGAUCAAGAAAUUAAGGAGGUGGACCCUGAAGAAGAAGUUCAACCGGAGGACGGGGUCACAACAGCCAAGCUCCCUCCACUGUCAUCAUAUGAACCAGUAGCCCCGUUUCCUGAGGCACUGAGAGAGACAAAGAGGCCAGAGAAAGAUUCUGACAUCUAUGAGACUUUCGCCAAGUGUGAGGUAAACAUUCCGCUCCUUAACUCAAUGAAAAGUGUUCCUCGUUUUGCUAAAUUUUUAAAAGAAUUAUGCAAAACAAAAAGGAAAAAUAAAUUGAAAGAGAAACAAGAGGUUAUGGUUAGUGAACAUGUCUCAGCUAUUUUCCAAAAUAAACUCCCCGAAAAAUGUAGCGACCCAGGCAUGUUCACUAUUCCUUGCACGAUAGGGGGCACCACAUUUCCUAGGGCCUUGUUGGAUUUAGGGGCAUCAAUAAAUGUCAUUCCUUAUUCCGUUUAUAAAUCCCUACAAUUUGGCCCACUACAUCAAACCGGUGUAGUUAUUCAACUAGCGGAUCAUUCUAGCACUUACCCGAAGGGUGUGAUAGAAGAUGUGCUAGUAGAAGUGGAAAAUAUGGUUUUCCCUGUCGACUUCUAUGUCCUCGAAAUGGGAAAUGAUGAUCAAAUAACACCUAUCAUGUGGGUAGACCCUUCUUAAAGACCUCAAAAACUAAAAUUGACGUAUCUAGUGGUUCAUUGACCUUAGAAUUCAAUGAUCAAAAAGUAGAGUUCAAUAUCUUUGACUCUAUAAAAGACCAAAUUAAAGAUCACUCUCUGUGCUCUUUAAAUAGUUUUGAACCACAGGAACCGAUAUUUUUGGAGAAACCUUAUAAAAUCCCAAUUUUUCGAGAAGAGGAAAAAAUUGAACAUAGAAAGUCAUCAUUGAUUGAGAUGUUGACAAGAACAAAAGUUCGGCCUUACUAGAAAAGGCCGAAAAAUAAAAAUGAAAAAUGGCCAAAUAGGGCCUUGAAAAAUGAAACAAGGGAUGCUCAUGAUCCCACAUAAAACAAAAAAAAAAGUGAAUAACGUCGUGCCGCGACGUUAAAUAAGGCGCUUCUUGGGAGGCAACCCAAGUUUAUAUUUUGUUAUUUUCAUUCAUUUUUGUGUGUGUUCUUGCAUUUUCAAAAAAAAAAAACCAGGGGCACCAUACCCGAUCGGGUGUCACGUACUACUCGGUAGGGUAUAAACAAAAAUAUAAAGGGUGAAGCUCGGGUAACCAAAUACUCGGUCGAUUCAGGGGUGGAAAAUUAUGAAGUACCCGAUCGGGCAGCUCCAUAUACCCGGUCGGGUAUGUUAAUUUUUUUUUUUUUGGGAAUAUGUUCGCACCAAAACACCCGAUCGAGUAUACCCCAACUCGAUCGGGUAGGACCCCGGAUUUUGAAGAAACACAGGCAUACCCGAUCGGGUAUGUCAGGGUACCCAGUCGGUAGACCUGCACAAACACGGGCUCGGGCCGGGCUCGGGCCGAGCUUAUUCUAAAAAAUCUGCCCACUUGUAGUGGGCGGGCCCAGCCCGGCCCGGUAAAACGGGCCUCCUCAUAUGUCCAAGCCCGCCCAUGAGAGCGGGCCGGGCUGCCCACCGGGCUUUUGGGCCCGGAAAAUAUCCUUUUGUCAACUUUGUUAAAAAAAUGAAAAUAUCUAUAAAAUAACAUCACAACAUUUUAAAUGCAAUUAAAUAAUUAAUGUACUCACAACACAUUUUGAACACAAGAAUACGUUUAAAUGCGAAACACAAAACGAUUCUGGAAAAUAAAAAGCAUCCAAAUUCCAAAUAAGCAUUCAUAUUCCGUAAUUAAAAGCGCAAUCACAGAUUCACAAUGUGCAACGGAAAUAGUCAAGAGUAUCUCCAAAAAGACUUAACAAAUGUAUAUCAUUACAGUUCAAAUUUAAAUAGUAGAACACAAAAAGUAAUUGGUAUCCCAAGAUUCCAAGAACUUCUCGACACUCCUUCAUUUCACCAGAAAGUAAUUGAUCUCCCAGACUGCUC